CACCCCGCCUCUUUCCCCCUAGCUGCGGAUUGUACCUUGGGGAGGGGGAGAGACAGGAAGGAGAGCUGGGAUCCCAGGCCGAGAAGGACCCGGGCCGGGCUAGACGGAGACCCAGGAGUCCGGGCCCGGAGCAGGGGAGUUGUCCCGGCCGCGAUGUUCAGCCAGCAGCACCAGUUCCAGCAGCAGCUGCUGCAGAUCCAACAGCUCAUCCAGCAGCAGCAGCAGCAGCAGCAGCAUCCGCCGCCGCCCUCCGCAGGCCGGGGGCUCUCUCCACAGCAGCAGCAGCAGAUGUUGAACCUCCGUGCCACAGGUCAGGCCUCCCUUCUCAACUCGAACCCCAUGCUGCAGAGAGCCCUGCUGAUGCAACACAUGCAAGGCAGAUUCAACAUGACCGCUCCUGGCCUUCAGCAUUUCUUCCCCCAGGCUACUCGACACUCCCUCCUAGGUCCUCCACCCGUCAGUGUCUCACUCAAACCCGCCCGCAUAGGCUUCCCAGGGCUCCCUUUCCAGAGGCAGAACCGGGGCUAUCGAAAGGAAUCCCUGAAGGGUCCUGACCAGAAGAAAGAUGUGGAGCUGGGCUCCUCAUCACAGACACCCAGUGAGGAUGAGAAGAUAGAUGUUCCAGAGUCCUCCCAGGAGGAGGCUGACUCACAGACCACCUUGCCAGAAGAUCCACAGACUCCCCCUGACCCCAGGGAUGAUGGUAGCUCAGAGCCUCUGGCCAAGAGACUUAAGAGUGUGGAAGAUACCACAGACCCCAAGGAGGAGACUGGCCUGACCACAGAAAAAGAAGAGCAAGCGGCAGAAGCAGACCCCCAAGACACCAGCAAGGAUUGGAAAGUCCCCGAGGAGCCCAAAAGCCUUGAAGUGAUGGUGAGCUCAGGGAGCUCUCUGAAGGUGACAAUCCAGCAGCGCAGUGAAAGCCGAGCCAUCAGUACAACUGCCCCAAAGCCUGGACCACGGUUGGGCGAUGGCAGCACUCCAGCCUCUGGCCCAGAGCCUGGCCUAAAGUUCUUCUGUUACAUCUGCAAGAUUAACUGCGUCAACCAGCAGAACUUCCAGGCCCAUAUGGCCGGGCUCCAGCAUCAGCAGCGGCUUGGGGAGAUUCAGCACAUGAGUAACGCCUGCCUCCUGUCUUUGCUGCCCACGAAUCGGGAACAGGGUGCCCUUGCGGAAAGAGAUGGGGAACCCCAGUCCCAACGGUGGUGCAAUACCUGUCAGACCCAUUUCCUGGGAGAUCUGAUCAAGCAUCGAAGGACCCAGGAGCAUAAGCUGGCCAAACACUCCCUCCGUCCUUUUUGUACCGCCUGCAGUCGCCAUUUUAAGACUCCCCGAAAAUUUGUGGAACAUAUGAAAUCCCCGGAACACAAGCAAAAAGCCAAGGAGGCACGGCUUGGAGAGAAGGAGCCAGGCAGUCCUGAAGAGGCGGAGGAACUCAUCACCGUGGAUGCAGUAGGUUGUUUUGAAGAGGAUGAGGAAGAAGAAGAUGAGGAGGAAGAUGCAGAAGAGGAAGAAGGCAGCGAGGCAGUGGGAGAAGGCGAGGAGGCCAAGCAGGUGGGGCCAAAGGAAGUGUCUGCAGAUGACUGGAAAGGCCCAGAGGAAUACUCUCCUGACAAGACGUAUGGCCUGGAUUUUCUGGUACCUGUGGUGGGCUAUCUUUGCCGGCUGUGCCACAAAUUCUACCACAGCAGCUCAGGAGCCCGACUUGCCCAUUGCAAGUCCCUGAUGCAUUUUGAGAAUGUUCAGAGAUACAGAGCAGCGCGGAACCCUGGACCAGUCCCAGAGUCCAAGUUAAAAAGUGAGCCCCUCAACACCCUAGCAGGGGAAGGGACAGGAGCCUCAGGUUCAGAGCAACAAGAGGAGCCGGCCCAGCCCCCAGGAGCUGAGUGUAAGUCAGGGGGCCUGGACGCCCCCAGUGAUGCUGACAACACAGAUGGGGUCCAGAUCCCCAAUGAAGCUGGCGGUGGGGAGAAGCCUGGCACCAGGAAGCCAAAUGAGGGAGAGGAAGUGGUCACUACAGCCAAAGGCAGAGUGCCAGCCCCCGAGCCCUGCCGCCGCUCUACUCGUCACAAGCCAAGAUAGGAGGGCCCUGGGGGAGCCAGCUGGGCAGCAGACAAGUCAUUGGGGGGGACAUUUAACUAGAUCAGUGGAAGAAGAGAAGCUGCUGUUUUUAUUCAGAGACCAAUAAAGAGUUGUGGUUUAGUGUUUCA